CCCUGUCAUCACUACAUGCGACGACUGGCGCCCACGAUGCGAUUGCAUUUUUCGUCCUCCAGAUGUCUGGAGGACCCAUCCCGUUUAACAGCCUCGACUUUACGAGGCGCCAGUCGAGCGAUUUUUUGCUGCUCCCUGUAUCCUACCAUAGUCCUACCGAAGAGCACGACAACGUGCCCUACGCUGGAGGAGGCGGACAGCAAGACAGCCAAUCGCCUGGCAAUUCUCCUCCCCAGCCGCCGCCGCCUUCUUUUACCUACCCUUUUCCCGACGACGGCGCCAAUGCCCCGCUCUAUGGGCAGCAGUUUGGCUUCCCUCCGCAGCCAGCGCAGCCGCAUCCUUACGCGGGCGCGGUGCCUCUACAGCAGCCCUAUUACCCUCCCGUCCCACAGGCGCCGGACCCGUUGUUCUCUCUCCAUGCCCAGCACCCCUUGCAAAAUUAUCCUCCGCAGAAUUACGGCCCUCGCUCGUAUGAACAGUCGAUCCAUGCGCAGACAGCUUCGCCCCCGCUCGAACAGCUCUACUCGAGCAACAUGUAUCUCCAUCCGCCUCCUCCCGCCAGCGACUCGUCCAGCUCUCCCGAGGCCUCGGAGGAGCCGCCGGAGGUCAACGCUAUCCUGAUAGCGCGCGACGAGCAGAAUGAAGCCUAUAUUCGUAACAAGCUGAGAGUCCCCGACAGCGUCCCCGUCAACCUCGAUCUCGUCCGGCAGCGCGGGCGUGAACGCCCCGAGGCCUCCCUCUAGGACUGAUCACCGUCCGUGGCACGGCGACGGUGAGCACGGUCACGGUGUACCGCGGUCACGGCCGUGAGCUCAACGGACCGGGUGGCACGUCCCACAACCCUCGCACGGCACGGCUUGAUCACGGAGACGGUCAUCACGGUCGUCGACGGUAACACGAACAUUGGCAUGCUACUAGGGUAGUACGAUAUAACAAGAAUGUGUUUGUAAGAAGUAUCUAAACAACA